AUGCUUAUAAUCUUUUUGUUACUAAUUCCGGGGCUUGAGAAGCAGUUUUGUGGUAGGGACUGGAAAUUUGAGGUGAAAUUGAAUGCCUCCUCCCUCGCCCCUCCCCCUCCUCUCCUCUCCUCCUCCACCCGCACCCUGACCACCCUCCUCUCCCUCGCCCUCUCCGCCUCUCGCGCCCUCCUCUCCCGCUUCGUCGCCGCGCCGCCCCCCUCCGCGCCGCAGCUCCCCUUCUCCCCCAUGGGCGGGCCCCUCUUCUUCGCCGCGCUCCGCGACCGCCCCUCCGGGUACCUCAACACGCCGCUCACCGUCGUCGCCGCGGGCAUGGCCAAGUGGCUCGACAUCUACAGCGGCGUCCUCAUGGUCCGGGUCCUGCUCAGCUGGUUCCCCAACAUCCCCUGGGAUCGCCAGCCCCUCUCCGCGAUCCGGGACCUCUGCGACCCCUACCUCAACCUCUUCCGCAACAUCAUCCCGCCCGUGUUCGAUACCCUCGACGUUAGCCCUCUCCUCGCGUUCGCUGUGUUGGGGACCCUCAGUUCGAUCCUCAACAACAGUCGCGGGAUGUAUUGAAGGAUGACUGGCAGAACCACUAUAUAUCAGGAUCGCUUGCUUUUCUUCGCUGCAGUUUUACGAUUAAUUAGUAAAGUUAUACAAAUAGUAAACUAAAUCAUGGAAAUUCGUAUUGCAAAUUUGGAAACUGAAGCUAUGAAUACAAUGUUGUACCAUCUCCUAGGUACUGUUAGAGAUGUAAAAUUAUUUGUUUGUAUACAAUAUUUCAGGCAAUUCAUCCCUGGGUUUUGCUCUCAA